AUUCUACUGUUUUUGUUACAGCCGCAAACGUUCCAAAAGUCGGAGCCCCUUCAAAAAGGAAAAGAGUCCCAUCAGGCAACCAAUUGACAAUCUAACACCCGAGGAGAGGGAUGCACGCACAGUUUUCUGUAUGCAGCUCGCUGCCAGAAUCAGAGCUCGGGACCUGGAAGACUUUUUCUCAGCUGUCGGAAAAGUCAGAGACGUGAGAAUGAUCUCAGACAGAAACUCGAGGAGGUCAAAGGGCAUCGCCUACAUAGAGUUUGUGGACUCUUCUUCUGUACCUCUGGCGAUCGGACUCACUGGCCAGAGGCUUUUAGGAGUUCCCAUCAUUGUCCAGGCCUCUCAGGCAGAGAAAAACAGAGCUGCAGCGGCUGCUAACAAUUUACAGAAGGGCAGUUCCGGUCCGAUGCGGCUGUAUGUGGGCUCGCUGCAUUUCAACAUCACUGAAGAAAUGCUUCGAGGAAUCUUUGAGCCCUUUGGAAAGAUUGAGGGAAUCCAGCUCAUGAUGGACAGUGAGACUGGACGAUCCAAAGGAUAUGGCUUCAUAUCGUUUGCAGAUGCAGAAUGUGCAAAAAAGGCCCUGGAGCAGCUGAACGGCUUUGAGCUGGCCGGGCGUCCGAUGAAGGUGGGGCAUGUGACGGAGCGCUCAGACUCUUCGACGGCCAGUUCCUUCCUGGACAACGACGAGCUAGAGAGGACCGGCAUCGACCUGGGCACCACCGGACGUUUACAACUAAUGGCUCGACUGGCAGAAGGAACUGGUCUGAAGAUUCCCCCGGCUGCUCAGCAGGCUCUGCAGAUGACUGGGUCCAUACCGUUUGGAAACAUGUCUGCUCCAGCAGCCGUCCCAACUCCAGCUCCAAGCCAAGCAUUGAACCUCCCAUCUCAGCCGCUGGCCACACACUGCCUCCAGCUGUCCAACCUGUUCAACCCACAAGCGGAAAAUGAUCCCACCUGGGCCACUGAGAUCCAAGACGAUGUGAUCGAGGAGUGCAACAAACACGGAGGAAUAGUUCACAUUUAUGUGGAUAAGAACUCAACUCAAGGUAAUGUGUAUGUGAAGUGUCCCUCGAUACCAGCAGCGAUGGCAACUGUAAAUGCACUUCAUGGACGCUGGUUUGCAGGCAAAAUGAUAACAGCUGCCUACGUUCCCUUACCCACCUACCACAACCUUUUCCCUGAUUCAGUAACAGCGAAGCAGCUUCUAAUGCCGGCACGUCGAUAGUCUGAGACUUGCUUCUGAAAGGCAGUGUAAAUACAUUUGUUUGCAUUCAUGGAGCUGUCAUUGAAACAGACACAUCAAAAUUAGUUGGCUGUGCGUAAUAAAAGUUGCCUCAAGUUCAACAUUGAAAAUUAGGUUUUGUUUUUUAGUUGCUUUCAAAGUUUUUGUGGGUUUGUGUUGUAACUAUCACUGAGAAGUAAUCUGCAGGUAUCUAUUGGUCUGUAUGUUUUUAAAUAUUACCGUCUUAUCUGCUUGUUUAAAUCCAGUUUUAGAUUUAAAAUUGCAGAGUCACAAAAUGUGUUGGGUUAAUAGGCCUUAAAUGCCAAAAGUAUAUUAAUGUCAACAAUAAUCCUUUGUACCUUUUUACAGCCAUAAUUUCAUUUUUUGUAUGAAGGCUCCCAAUAAACUUGGCAAAUUUGACAAUUCAUUUUC